GUUCAUUCUUUUUAAGCCUGCACUCCUUAAGGUCAGACUCUGUGCUCUGUUUCAAAGGGGAAGAGAGGAACUCUUUUACAACAGCUCACUGAAUCAUCAACCAAAGUCACUCACACCUUAACAACUACAGCUGCUCCCAACCAAAUACUGAUCAGCUAUGGCAAACAAAGGUCCCUCGUAUGGUCUGAGUCGUGAGGUGCAGAGUAAGAUCGAUAAGAAGUAUGAACCAGAUCUGGAGGAACGGCUGACUGACUGGAUCAUUGCCCAGUGUGGUGACAAAGUUGGCCGUCCUGAGCCCGGCAAGGUCGGAUGGCAGAACUGGCUCAAGGAUGGUUGUGUUCUGUGUGAGCUGAUCAACAGCCUUUCUGGUGCAAACAAGCCCAUCAAGAAAAUCCAGAGCUCAGGCAUGGCCUUCAAACAGAUGGAGCAGAUUUCCCAAUUCCUCAAUGCUGCUGAGAAGUACGGCAUCACCAAGACUGAUGUGUUUCAGACAGUUGACCUCUGGGAAGGUAAAGACCUUGCUGCCGUUCAGAAGACUCUGAUGGCCCUGGGAAGCCUGGCUGUCACCAGGGAUGAUGGAAAUUACCGUGGUGACCCCAACUGGUUCCAUAAGAAGGCUAUAGAGAACAAGCGAGCGUUCUCUGAGGACCAGCUGAAUGAGGGGAAGAGUGUCAUCGGCCUGCAGAUGGGCACCAACAAGGGAGCAUCUCAGGCCGGUAUGACCGGUUACGGGCGACCCAGGCAGAUCCUAAACAAUCCUUAAACUUGACAAGUUGUCACCCCAGUCCUCUGUACGCUCCAUCGCUCGGCCGAUCACUGAAGACCUGUUCACAACUCUGAGACAUGACCAAACCUACAAGCCAAAACUGGAUUUUAACAGGAUCCAAAAAUAACACUCACUCAUGCCUACUAUACAGAAAGUGACAAGUCUUUAGAAUCUCAUGUCUGAAUGUGUUGAACCGGUAAACAAAGCUACAUAAGAGAUACAUUCCAUUUAGAUACUGGUUUUGAAACUGCACUCUUUAAUGGUAAUGAAAUGUUUGCUAGAAUAUGCUGGGUUUGAACUGGGAAAGAUGCAGUUGUAAUCAAGAUGUUGGGCCAAUUUUCCAGAGCUCAGUAAUUUUGUACAUUGUAUGUUGAUGAUAAAAUGGUUCCGAAAUAAAUUUCAAUUUAAUU